GUGUGAUGUGAUUUCCAUUUUGAUUUUCGUCGCGCAAUUUUUAUUAAUAAACUUGAUUUAAACUAUAUUAAACAGAAGUGUUUGUGGAUUAAUAGUAAAACCAUAAACGUGGCAGUAAUUUUGAAACGAAAAAUUUUAAUAUCAAUGCGUAAUUUCGUGUGAAAAAUAGUCUUUGAAAAUGGCACAUUUGCAGUACAUGCCGGGAGAUCCAAGAUUAGUCGAUCAGCUAGUAUGUGAGUUAAAAUCAAAGGGAAUAUUCGAUCAGUUCCGUAAGGAAUGCAUUGCAGACGUGGACACAAGGCCAGCAUACCAGAACCUACGGCAGCGGGUGGAAAGCUCCGUGGCCACGUUCCUGUCCCGGCAGAUCUGGAAGCCUGAUCUUAACAAAAACCAGCUUAGAGAGAAGCUGAGGAAGCAUUUGCUUGAUGGCAACUACCUAGAACAAGGAGUGGAAAGAAUAGUGGAUCAGGUGGUUAACCCUAAAGUAGCAUCAGUGUUCAUACCUCAAGUAGAAGACCUAGUCUAUAACUACCUGGGCAUUCCGAGGAAGAAGACUGCAGGCCCAGAAACCUCCAACGGAAAACCCGAAGACCUUCUACCAACAGACUUAGAAGCCGUCAGCCCAGGGUCAGUCAAGAGUCACGAUGAGAAAGACAUGGACAUAUCAGACGAUAAAGAAGAUAAAAUGGAAAUUGAUGAUGAUAAGCCUAAAGAGGUCAAAGACGAUUCAAUCACAUUUGAAUCUAUUGAAAAGGAAAAAGAAGAGUCAAGGUUGUCUGGUAUCAGUGAGUUGACUCUUCAUGAUUCAGAUGUAAGCAUUGAUAAGAGUACUACAACUAUACCUUUACCAGCUGAAGAGAUUAAAUUAGAAAAUAUACCAGCACCAGAAAAUAGCCCGCCGAAUAUUAAAAACAAGAAUAUAGAUUUGGAAAAGAUUGAUUUGCCAAAGGAACCUGAUCUGUCUACGGAUAUUCCUUUGCCAGAUGAGAUACCUAAAACUGAAACAGAUGCGUACUUUAAGCCUAUACAGAGUGAAGAUGACGAUUCUAGUUCGGACUCAUCAGUACGUAGAAACGUCUCGCCGUUGACUCCUAUACGGAAUUUCAACAAUGAAAACUCUUGCGAUGCACAACAGGCGUUUGAAAAUGACGAAUUCAAAGACGACGACAAGAAAGAACCAAGCACUUUUAGAUUCACUAUUGAAUCCAAAGCUGAUGAGUGUAUUGCUGAUGAAGUGAAAAUCGAGAAGAAAGAAGAAGCACCUUUCCAAUUCAAUGCGCAAGCAAAUUUAAACACAUUUAACACUCCAUUGUACGAUGAUAGCUCGAAUAGCAACAAUUUACAAAUCGAUUAUGAAAGCGACACUAACAGUAAAGCUACUGAACUUAAACCACCAGAACCUGACCAAAAUUCUGGUGAUUCAAACAGAAAGGAGAAAAAAGAUGAAAAGAAGAGCAGCCAUAAGAGUUCGCAUCGUUCAAGGGAUUCCUCCCGACAUUCGAGUAGUAAAGAUAAAAGAUCUGAAUCUAAGCACUCUAAAGAUAGUUCCAGGGAUAGUAGUCGCCACGAUAAGAAGUCCAAAGAUGAUAAAGCCAAAUCUAGUAGCAAAGAGAAAUCUAGUGAGAAGAGUGACAAAAAGGAUAGUAGAGAUUCGUCCAAACAUAGAAGUUCCUCUAGUUACAAAUCAUCAAGCCACAAAGAUUCUAAACACAAGAGUUCUAGUUCCAGCAAACAUUCAAGCAAAGACGAUAGAAAGUCCUCCUCAUCAAGUCAAAGAGAAAAAGAAAAAGGCUCUGAUAAAUCUGACAAGUCAGAGAGGUCCAAAGACAAAACGCGAGAUUCUAAAUCUAGCAGUUCUAAAGAUAAAGACAGGAAGAGUAGUAGCAGCAAGAAGUCAGAUGAGAAAGAAAAUAAAGAAAAGAAGGAAAAGAAAGAGACAGAUGAUCACUACAGCUUGUCUGGAAGAGGGAACCCUAAUAGACGCUCUACAGAUAGAGAUUCCAACGACGGUAGUUCGUCUUCUAAAGGGUCGCAUCGACCGUCUCACUCCAAAUCCUCAGGGAGUAAGAAAGAUGGUAAAGGUAGUUCAAAGUCAGAUAACACUUCUACUAGUGGAGAUUCCGCAAGUCCUAGCGACGCUGUUGAGGUUAAUACAGCGAAGAAUGGGUCACAAAAUAAGCCUAUAAGAGUGGACACUCAUCUUGGAAACCGUGUAGCAACUCCACCAAGACUACCUUUUGUACCAGACGUAACCAUAAAAAAGCCGAAAUUCGCAGCGAACCUUGAAGAGGCUAAGCAAAAGAUGAAAAUGAGAAAAUUCCUAGAAGAAGAACAGAAAAGAAUGAAUCAAGAAGCGGCUUUACUUCUAGAAUUUCAGGCGAAUGUUAGACCUAGUUUGAGCCAGGUUUAUUCUAGCAUACCUGGACCUGAAUUGGAGUUUGCUUGUGUUUCUAACAGUGUUCAACCGACACAUUCACAAGUUAUUGUACUAGAUGAACCGUCACAAAAUAAUACUGAAGAUACCAAGACGUUUAUCAAAGAAGAAAUUAAUAGAAAAGACGAUGUUAAAGUUGAAUACGUUGAAGAAAAAGACGAUGAAAUAGCCAAGACGUUGAUAGCUAUGCAUGAAGAUGGCAGCUCUAAUCAGGAACUCGAAUUUACAGAGAUAAAAAUAGAAGACACAAUUAAUAUCGUAAUUGAAAGAUUACCUGAUGCAGAAGAAAUUGAUGAUGAAAAAGUGGAGACUGGUGAAAUGAGUAAUAAAGAUAUUGCUAGUGAGGAAGAGAGUACCAUUGAAGUUGAGGCUAAAAAAGAGAAGCCCAUUUGUUACGAAAUAACUGUCAUAACAGAAGAAAUGUUCGACACAGAUGAAUCACAGACAUCUACACCUAAAUUCGAAGUAAAAUCUGAUGAGAAAUCUUUUCACUAUUUCGCUGAACAUGAAAAAUACGAUGCAGAAAUUGAAAGAAAUAAGUUCACAGAUUUUUUUAAAAGAUUUACAGACAAUAUGUCUACAAGCAAGAUGUACUUAGUUAACUGUGAUACUUAUGAAGAGAAUUUGAUGAAAGAAGUGUCACAAACGUAUGGCGAUUACGAAAUUGUGAACUACUAUAAAAACAGCCAAGUAAGAGUCCCUAAAACAUCUAAAAACAUAGUGAAGAAUGUUAAUGUAGCUGAAGAAAUAACAUUACCAACACAUAAUACUAUUGCAUCACCUGUUACUCCAAGAUAUUCACCUAUAUUUAGUCCAGUCAAAUCCGAAUGCUCUUUCGAUCUAUCUAGCGAUUAUGACAACAAAUUAGAAGAGAUGGUAAACAAGACUUCUAGGCAGGAAAUAAUGGAAAUCAUACUUGGUGGUGUUAUAGAUGAUUCACUAAGCGAAAUGCCUCAAAUUGAUUACUGUAUGGAUUCAAACAUUGAAGAUAAUGGUCUUAAAAGGAAGAUUACUGAUGUGGAAAGCACUAAUAAUAAUAGACAAAUUUUGACGCCGAAUAAGAUGAGAAAGCUCAGUGGGUCUGAUCAGAUUUCAUCUACUACUGAAGAAUCUGACGAGACACCAACUAACACCAAGGUUCAAAACAACAUACGUUCCAAGUAUUUGGGCAAAGCUAAGAGGGUGGGCCUGCCGCGACCUAAGAAAACAACGCUCCCAAACAGUCCGUCGAGCGACAAGUCAGUCGAGAAUUACGAGCAAAAUGAAGCUCCCACGCAGAAUGGAAAGUUGAAGAAUGUUCCCCGAAGCAAGGUACAGCGGUAUGACACCUCAGAUUUGUACAAACCUAAACUGCAUUAUUUGUCUAGAAGGAAUAAUAUUGCUUAGAAAGGGAUAUUUCGGUCGUAUCGGUCAUGAUGGUGCUGAUUCGUGCAGACACCUCCUAAUUUACAAAUACAAAUGUACUUUAUUGCACCAAAAUAAAAAUAAAUAAUUAGAAAAGACUCUUAACUACCAAGGGAGCUAGUUUCAGUCCUGUCAAAUUAAGUUAAAAAAAGGUGUGGUUGCCCGAAUUGGCACCAUUAUGAAUUUGAAGCCUCGUAUCCACUAGGCAACAAUUAACGCGAAACACAACGCAAACAUGUACGGCAACGUUGCACAACAGCGCGCGACGUUGCCAGCUGAAGCGCAACAUGUUGCGCGACUUGUUGUUCGUUUAGAGAGCACCAAUUGACAACAUUUCAUUUUUACUAAGGUGCCUUAAAUCGAAAACCAUUUCGAGAUAUUUCUAUAAUUUACACAAAACACAUUUUUUCAGAUUUUUUAAUUCAGUAAUAAUAGAAAUAUAUUGAAAAAUCCACGAGGUCAGAAGAGGAAGGCAUAAUAAGUUCAGACCUUUACAUAAAAAUUAUAAAAAAAGUAAAUGUCAUACAUAACGUGACACUUUGUUUGCGACUUGUUUUAAAUACGCAUGCAAAGGUACAUUACAUUAUACUGCUUUCAUUCUAUCAAUGGCAGAAUCCAAUUUUCAAAAAAUGUUUUUUGUAACUUCUAGUGGAAAAAUCUUGAAAAGAAAAAAUACGUGUCUUCUAUUUAAACAAGAACUUUCGAAAUAGCACAAAAAAACCACGGCUUAAAAAUUUGAAAUGUUGUCAAUUGUAAAGUGGGGAUGUGACGCGCAACAACACUAGUUCAUCUGGCAACAUGUCACCGACGAACGUGCAGUCGAUGCGUAGACGACGUUGUUAAACAAAAGAUCCGCGCUAACUUUUAACAUCUUGGGCAAUAUGUAGCCAAGUGAAAACGCGGCUUCUUAAAUAUACAGGGUGUUAGUGAAAUCGUAACGAAUACUGAGGGGGAUGAUUCAGACCAUGAUUCUGAGUUGAUAUCAAGUGGAAUUUUCAGUCGGAAAAUUCAUGAAAAUAUUUGUUUUUUUUUUAAGUUAUUUUCUGUUCCAUACUUUUGCGACGGAAAAUUCCACUUGAUAUCAUCUCAGAAUCAUGGUCUCAAUCAUCCCUCAAAGUUUUCGUUACGAUGUCACUAACACCCUGUAUAAUAUUUACGGUCAUGUGAAACUGCCAAUACGAAAACUUGAGCCUUGAGUGAUGAGUACUGUUAAAAGCAAUAAUACUGUAGUCUGUUUAAUAAUGUAUCGAAUAUAUUAAUACUUUAAUCGGGUGAGAGAAAAAAAUGUUCUAACUCUAUUAAUAUUAUUUUAACUUCUAAGAACAUUAGUUGUAAUUUUUACUCUAUAAGCUUCUUGGAGACACGCAGAUCUGGAGGGUUGAAAACGCCACAUUGAAGCUAUGAGGGACAUUCCAAGCUACAUUCUUCAAAAACAAUAUAGAUGGCGCUGUAAAAUUUUCCUUCGUUUAACCUAAUUUCAUGGAUAAGGGUGCAUAUCAAAAUGUGCCAAGUUUGGUGGCGAACUUUCAUAUUAUGUUCCGACAUGGUUCCGACAUGAAAAAGCAUAGUUCUAUAGUUGACGACAGGUCGACAUGGCAAUCGGGGCAUAAGGUGAGCCGCGGAGGCGGGGUAGCCCCGCACACCCGCACAGUCCCCGCGGCUUCUUAGUCUUAGUGUCGCACGAGUCCGUAUCGACCGCGUUUAUCGAUUUAUAAUCUCGCUCACAUAAUUUAUUACUAUUGUGUUUUAAAAAUGGCUACGGUUGCAUCUUCGACGCGUGUUCAAGCAAAAAAUCCAAUAAUUCACUCUCAAGCUCGAGAACUAGCUAGAAAAGUGUUAGAAAAUUGUGACAUUGAACGGAAAAAUAAUUGUUACAAAUUUUCUGUCAAUCGGACAUUAGACAGGGCUGUGUGUUAUACCGGUCUAUCGAAAAGAACUAUGUCUAGGAUAAAAUCAGAAUUAAAAUCAGUGGGAGCAGAGGAAAAGUUGAAAUCACCCAAAAAACGGAAGAAGACAGGUGGACGUGGUAUUAUUUUAUUCACAUUUUGUUACAUACAUAAUAAAAAUAUAUCGAUAUUGAAAACGUCACGUCACUAGAGAAUUGCCAUGUCGACCUGUCGUCUACAGUAGCUACGAGGUAACUUGUUCUUCGUAGCUAAAACUAUCUUUUUCAUGUCGGUACCCAAUUUUUCACGAAAACAUAAUAUGAAAGUUCGCCACAAUACUGGGCACAUUUUGACAUUCACCCAUAACAGACAUAUGCAUCUUUUAUUUUUGUUUUUCCCAGGCACAAUUACAUCUUCCACCCAUUAUAAUUCUGAUCAAAAUAAAGAGUAGCAAUAUAGGUAGCAACAUAAUUCUUGUGAUUCAAAUAUCAAGCAACAAUUAUAAUAUACAGGGUGUUAGUGACAUCGUAACGAAUACUCAGAGGGAUGAUUCAGACCAUGAUUCUGAGUUGAUAUCAAGUAGAAAUUUCCGUCGCAAAAGUAUGGAUUGGAAAAUAAUUAAAAAGAAAAGAAAAAAAUUCAUGAAUUUUUUGACACGAAAUUCCACUUGAUAUCAACUCAGAAUCAUGGUCUGAACCAUCCCCCUCAGUAUUCGUUACGGUGUCACUAACACCCAUACCUACUUAUAUGGCUACCGUAUGUACGUACUUGUACGGGGUGUAAGUGUCAUCGUAACGAAUACUACUGAGAGGGAUAAUUCAUCUGAUUAUUCUGAGUUAAUAUCAAGUGGAAUUUUCCAUCGCAAAAGUAUAGAAUUGAAAAUAAUUUAAAAAAACUAAAAAAAAUCAUGAAUUUUGCGACGGAAAAUUCCACUUGAUAUGAACUCAGAAUCAUGGUCUGAAACAACCCCCUCAGUAUUCGUUACGAUGUCACUAACACCCUGUAUAUAUGCUUGUAAUUUUGAAUAAUGAUGAUGAACCUGAGUAUUAUUCGCCAUCUAUAUUAUUUCUGGGGAACGUAGCUAGGAACUACUUCAUUCACUUAAAAAGCAAUAUGGCUAUUCAACAAAUAUCAAAAGUAGCAAAUUGCUUUUUAGAUGAAUUGGGUUGUAUACUAGGUUCAAGAUAAAUUAUGAAAUUCUAAUCACUUCAUAAAGACAGUAUACUAAAACUAAAGAAAACCUUUUUGUUUUAUCUUACUUAUUUGUGAAUUUUAAUCAAGAAAAACGUAAUAAUCGUCUUCUCUUCUAUCGUGUGGGUUGUGAGUUGGAGUACCAACCUCAUCAACCCGUAAUAAUUAAUCCGACAUUUUAUCACGUUUUUCUAUGACGUCACAGCGUGCUUUUUCCUUCAAAUUCCAUAGUAAUUUCGCGUUUUGACGUUAUGUAAAAAGUAAAACAGUCUUUCGGGGAACGUAGACUCUGUGCGAUUUUCUUUGAAGGGGUAAAUAUAGUUUUUAUUAAAUAUUUAUUCAAAAUAUUUCCUAUCUUAUCAGUAACUCCCUUCAGAUAUGGAAGAAAUGCUGGCUGACGUUCAACCCUGGGUACGGUCGUCUUGACCUUUGGUUUUGGCCGCAAGGCUCCAACAUCUAUCCUAUAACCAUUAUUGCGAAGAACCUUCUGUACAUGGCUGAUUUCAGCGUCUAUGUGCUCAUUGUCGCAUAUGUCAUAUGCUCGGUUGGUUAAAGAUGUUACUACCGCAUUCAAACAAAACGGUCUAUUUCUUGCCGGAUUAAAGAACAUAUUAAUGUAAAAAGUAAUUGAUUUGACUAGUUGGAAACUGGCAUAUUGCUUUGAUGUGGCCUUUUUAUACCUCCCCCCCCACAGUAAAAACCCAUGCAGUGAUUCUCGAGAUUAGCAUGAACCGACCAUCUUGCUUUUCUUCUGGGUAGUACGAAAGAGAGGGCAAUAUAAUUCUUUCUCUCUUGCUCUAUAUGUAAUUUGGUAAUAUUUUAUUUUUGCUGUCUCUAGUGGAGUGGGUGUAUAACAUCAUAUAUGUAGAGUGUGGAGGGUUGCUCCACUGCGGGUAGGUGCAGAAAUUAUAACUCUUUUCGAUUCAUUAUCAAACAGACUUAAUUAAACCGCGACCUCAUUCAAAAGACUUAAUUGUAGUUAAUAUAUUAAUCUAUGAUAAUUAUUAUCUAUCACAUAAAACUGUGAUUAUUUAUAGUUAGUAGUAACAUAAUUGUUUUGUAUUAUGGGUAGUAUAGAAUUGAUAUAGAACGUAUUGUGCUUGAGAUAUACGUAUAUAUGUACUAAUAAUAAUAAGGCGACGAAAACGUGAAUUUUAUAAUUCUGAUCAUGGUAUAAGUGUUAUAAAUUAAUCCAUUUUAGGGUAGAGAUAUAAUAGGAUAUUUAAAAUACAUUGUUUUAAUUUUACGCGGUUAUUAUCAUAAUUAAAACACAUAAUAACGGGUUCUUACCGCGUUUAAAGUAGGGAUAUUUCGACACUGUUGCAAGUGCCAAAAUCACGGGAUGACUAUCAUCUGACUGUCAUCCCGUGAUCAUGGCACUUGCAACAGUGUCGAAAUAUCGGGAGUCUCAUAUCCCUACUUUAAACGGUAAGAACCCGUUAUUAUGUGUUUUUUAUUUAAAAUACUCUGUAAAACAAUAGUUUUGUUUAUUUAGAUGUGUCGGAAUCGUAGUCAGAGUAAUCCGUGGUAUCUGCCUACCCCUGUGAGAAGGCGAGAUGUUAUGUUUGUGUUACUUAUAAAUUAUACCCCAUAAAACGCAGCAUGAUUAACGUGAUAAGCUAAGCUGUAUACCGUUAGUGCGAGAGAGACGUAAUGAAUAUAGAAUAGUAGUUUGGUGUUAGCAGUUGAGGAGCUCGGUGGCGCAGCGGUAAACGCGCUCGGUCUGCGAUUGUUGAAGUUAAGCAACUUUCGCAAACGCCGGUAAUAGGAUGGGUGACCACAAAAAAAAAUUUUUCAUCUCGAGCUCCUGCGUGCUUCGGAAGGCACGUUAAGCUGUUGGUUCCGGCUGCAUUAGCAGUCGUUAAUAACCACCAAUCCGCGCUGGACCCGCGUGAUGGUUUAAGGCCUGAUCUCCCUAUCCAUCCAUAGGGAAGGCCCGUGCCCCAGCAGUGGGGACGUUAAUGGGCUGGUGAUGAUGAUGAUGAGACUUUGAAGUCGAUAGAUUAAAGAUGAAAACAAAAAUGGUACCAAUGCAAUACCACUCUCUAUACCUUUCUAGCCGUUUUCCCGCUACGCAAAUUCACGAAUAACACUUGUCCUGUCUGUGAUGAAUGGCAGAUGUGAAUAUUGAGCUACCAGAUUUUAUAGAUUUAUAUUAUAAUAUAUAAUAAUAAGGGGGUUUCCAGGCUACGUUCCCCAAAACCAAUACAGAUGGCGUUGUACAUGUUUAAAGUAAUAAUUACCUAUUUUGUCAUUGUUCGGGUAUAUAAUUAUUCAAAAAUAUAAUGCAAUGGCAGAAGCGUAUAUAAAAAUUAUCUUUGCAUGUUAUUUGGAUCAGUAGGCACUGCACGGUAACCGCGCCGCGCGCGGCGCGAAUUAUAUCGACGCCUUCGACCAAUAGCCGUUUGACGUCCAUCUACGUAGAUAGCACUCGUAUCGUUUAGUGGUCGAAGUGGGGUAAAUUAAGUCAUUCAGACCCAGAGUAUAGAAUUAUGUUGCUACCCAUAUUGCUUCUCUUUAUUUUGAUCAGUAUAAUAAUGGGUGGAAGAUGUGUGGCACUUGGGAAAAUAAAGAUAAAAAACAAAAAAAUAUAUACGGUCGAAUUGAGAUCCUACUCCUUUUUUGAAGUCGGUAAAAAUGCAUGUUUGUUAGCCAUGAAAUAAGAAGGUUAAACGAGGGCAAAUCUGUACAGCGCCAUCUAUUUUUUUUUUGUGGAACGUAGCCUGGAGUCUCAUUUUAAGGCUGUAUAUUGCUAUGUUAUUAAUUAUUAUACUAUUACGACAAAGUACCUAGAGCCAAAUUGCUAAUUUGUAAAUUGCAAUUAGGCUUUUAUAGUUGAUUGUAAUAUACGAUUUAAUAAAUUAUAUUAUUAAUUACUCAA